AUGGCGCAACGACCGGUAUUUUGGCAGAAGCGCGUUCUCGUGCCCUUCUGGAUAGUGCGCAUAUGUAUCAUGCUCUUGAUCAUUGGAGCAGUAGGCAUUUCGCUGAGCAACGUGAAAGAACUGGAAGACGUUAUCCAACCCUCAGUCUCAUUGCUCAUUGUCAUUAUACUCUUCAGCUGUAUAGUACUCCUCAUCGACAUUCUCGCCAUCCUGCUCUUCCUUCGCGAUGCGCUGAAACCCGGCACUUUCCUCACCAUGAACUCGUUCCAGACUGCGUUCUGGGGCGUCGCCUUGAUCAUGGAGUUUGCGGAUAUCGGCAAGGGCGGUAGCCAUGUCGGGCUUGGAUUCGGCGUCUUCGUAUUCCUCAGCUACUUCGGUCUCUUCAUCUACUCGGUCAUCGGUUAUCGUCGCGCGAAGGCAGAGGCCAAACGAGGCCAGUACGCACCCGCGCACAACCCAUUCGGGGGUUCCGUACCUGCUCAGCAAUCAUCUCCGUACAACAGCGCACCCGAAUACCAAAAUACCGCAUACCAUUCGCAGACGCAACCUGCUGAGAUGAACAACCAAUACCUUCCCCCAUACCAGGGCGGCGCUGCGACCGACUACUAUCAGCAGCCGGUGAAGCCUGCGCAUAUAGUAUGA